UAUCAAAGAAUAUUAUCAGGGUCGGGAUCGUCCACCGUGGUCGUGCCACCGUGGACGGUGUGUGUAACAUCGUCACCGUGACAUGGGAACCGCAGGGAUGACGUGGCAAGACCGGACCCGCGGUUCCAGGAGGAGACGGGAAAAGGUGGAGAGUUUGGACAGUCGCUUGUGCCCGUUCCGAGGUCGGCACGAGCUGUCGGAACUCGAACGCGAGCCCGGCACGCGCCGCAUCCGAGCGUUGACAUUGCACUCAGGGGAAAGGUCUCCCGUCUCUCUCUCUCUAAAUGCGGCUCCUGCUGCUCCUCUUUGUCUCCGCUGCGGUCCGUGCAGGUCGUAUCCGGAGUCAACUCCUUCUGGGGAAGGUCCACGCUUCCCAUCUUUGCCGUUUAGCCAUUGACGCCCCUCGACAGCCACCGAGGAUUCUGAAGCCGGGUCGCUUUUCAGGAUCGAUCAUGUCCCGUGUCGUUCUUCUUCUGCCACUAGGAAGAACUACUGAAUCUCUGAGAGGUUCCAAGAAUAAGGACCGCAUGGUGAUGAUCGACGCCUUGAGUGAAUUCCAUCAAUUUCCUGACACGGAAAAACACCUGAAAGUUCAUUGACCGAGGAACAUUUACGAGCACCAGAGUCUGGUGAGAAUCGAUCAUUCGGUGCACGCUCCGAUGAGAAGAAUCAAGGAUUCACUCUCUGUCGCAGGGGAGUGGCUACUUUCACUUCCCCUUCGUAAGACAAUUAAGCAAUUAUUAUUAUUGAAAGAUGGGGACAGCUUCCGUCACUGAGAACAGAAGCUUGCAGUUAAUGCCCAAGGAGCUCGGUCGCUAACGCGAGGAGAACCAGUCCGAGAGAAACCUCUGCGGACAUUAACUCUCAAAUGCUCGCGCUUGUUCUGCUGUAAAGCGACACUUGCACUCCCAAAUUUGUAACAAUUAUCGCCACCCAUAGUGGGUGGCGAUAAUUGUCAAUCAAUAGAUAAAUGUCAAUCUCCAAGGAAGCGGAACGCAGCUUCUCGGCCGGCUCCUCUGUAUGCAAACAAUUCUGAACAUCGCAUGAAUUCUGAACAAUUCUGAACAUAAAACUCGUGUAAAUUCCCAAUGCAACCUCUGACUACUGAAAGAGUCUAAUAGUCAACAACUGAUUCAAAACCAUUGUUGAAAUCAGAUUUUUUAAUUAACCCGAAAUUAUUUUCGGUAAAAAUCAUGGUUUUUCCACCACUGCACCCAAUGCUGUUAUCACUGGGGCAGCGCAGUCGCAAACCGGCGUUCAGUGCACAUUAUCAUUGCAUUCGCGUCUGCACACUCUUGUGAAAUGAUAAAUGAAUGAAUGAAGGAUAAAACAUAGCAAAGGACGCGGCCAGCUCCACUCCGACAAAGAUAGUCAUGUCUUCGUUGGAGGGAACGAGCGUCUGCAGGCUCUCGGCCCCAGAAUACUCAGUCACUUUCGCUUCCCCCGGUCCUGUCAGCACCUGCCUGUAUCCACGGAACGAGUACAGUCCCUUCUGAGGAGGUACCAUCCUCAACCUCGCACGGCACGGAGUCCUCGAACGGACCUCUGUCUGUCUGCCUUGCACCAUGGCCGCAGAAAAAGCACGAAGCCCCUUUCUGAGCCAGGAUUUUUCUUAAAGCGGUAAUGGAUAUGGAGAAGAGCAUUUUCGCACCCGUCAUCUGGGCGCCAUCGCAAGCGGCCAUGGAUGAGCAAGCGCAGCUCUUCGCGAGGGAGUGUGUGAGGAACCUGGUUUUGAUUCGUUCGCGUGUGUUCGAAGUGCAGGGGUCCCGUGGGCGGAAUUUUCUAUUUUGCAAUUUGCUUCUUUGGCCCCCAUGCUCAACAGGCUCCUGAAUCUUCGCGUCUCUUGUUCCAACCACUUGCUGGCCAGCGCUCGCGGGGGACUUCGCUACAGCAGGUGCGAUUGUGCCUGCGGCUUAUCUGCUUUCGAGACCUUACUUAAAGCUUUCGGCUCCAGCUCCAGAUAGUACAGCCAGGGCAGUACAUCUCGCUGGUACCGGUCGCUCGCUCUCUCUCAUGGUCUCUCUCACGAGCGCCCAAGUGUAUAGGCAAUGCUCUGAAUUGACGAGAAGGCUCGACCGCGGCCGAGCACCCCAGCAGCUGACCCCUGCUGCACUGCACUGCGUAGCUAAAGUUGAUCGACCCGAGGAGCGCAGCUAAUUUGGUUUGUACUACCGCAGCGCGUUCAAUUUGGUGACAACUCUUCCUAUUCAAAAAAAAAUAUUCAGGUGUCCGUACCACAAUGGAGAGGAUGGCAGUGCUCGUUCUGGCUCUGUGUUGGCUCGGAUUACUCCUUUCUCCAGGAACGAAAGCAGCUGAGGAUGACCACAUGCCUCAUGACAACAAUCAGACGACCGAUGGCGUUCAGUCAUUGUGUCAGGCGCUGGAUCCAUCCCCGCAGGUGCAGCCGUUCGUAGAGGAGCUCACUCAGCCUCCGGUCAUAGACAUCUCCACUGGCCAGCAGCUCACUCUUGGAGUCUAUAAAAUCAAACAGAAAUUCCAUCCCGACCUGCCGGAGACGACUCUGUACGCGUACGGCACGAGCCAGGAGACGGCGUCGACGCCAGGCCCGACGUUGUUGGCCACCCGGGGCAUCGAGUCGUACGUGCGAUGGGAGAACCACCUCAACGACUCGGAGCAUUUCCUGACGGUCGACCACAGCAUCCACUGGGCCAAUCCGAAAUCCGGCGGAGUGCCCAUCGUCACGCACUUGCACGGCGGCGAGGUUCUGUCGGAGUCCGACGGGUACCCGGACGCCUGGUACACCAGCGCCGGCGAACUGGGUCCGGCCUUCACCACGCAGAACUACACGUACGCCAACUCCCAGCCCGCGGCGCUACUGUGGUACCACGACCACACGGUGGGCAUCACGCGGCUCAACAUGCUGGCCGGCAUGAACGGCAUGUACCUGAUCAAGUCGCCCGGCGAGGAGCCCGAGAACCUGCCGGCCGGCGAGUUUGAGAGGCUCAUCGUCGUCCAGGACAAGCAGUUCCAUGCCGACGGCGCCGUCAACUUCCCCACGGUUGGGGUGUCGCCCGGCGUGCACCCGAACUGGUGCCCGGAGUACUACGGCGACACCAUCAUCCUCAACGGCAAGGCCUGGCCCGUCAUGACCGUGUACCCGACCAUGUACCGCUUCCGCAUGGUGAACGCCGCCAACGCGCGCUACUUCGUCAUGACGCUGAGCGACCCCAAGCUGCGCUUCUACCAGAUCGGCACCGACGGCGGCUACCUGCACAAGCGCAUGAAGCUCACCACGUUGACCAUGGGCCCCGCCGAGCGCCUCGACUUCCUCAUCGACUUCUCCAAGGUCACCCCCGGCUCCGUCGCCUACCUCAACAACUCCGGCAACGCGCCGUACCCGGACGGCGACCCGGCCGUCGGCUUAGCCACGGUGAUGAUGAAGUUUAACGUGGUCGCUGCGCCAGAGAACGUAACCGUGCCGCAGUUCGACCUGCCGGCGUCGCAGGUGCUGGGCCCGCGGGUGAGGAUCAGCACGGAGGGCGCCGUGGUGAGGAGCAUGACGCUGUCGGAGUACGACGACGGCAACGACAACCCCACGGGAUCGCUGCUGAACGGGCUCAGGUGGCGCGACCCGCUGACGGAGACGCCGGAGCUGAACGCGACGGAGGUGUGGGAGAUCAUCAACCUGACGGAGGACGCGCACCCCAUCCACCUCCACCUGAUCUCCUUCCGCGUCAAGAGCCAGCAGGCCUUCGACGCCGUAAGGCAGGCCAACUACAACUGCUCCUUCUUCGUGCCGUUCCCCGACCCGCAGAGCUGCUUCACGGAGGCGCCGCAGAAGCCCGAGCUGCACCACCGCGGUUGGAAGGACACGGCCACCGUGUACCCCGGCAAGGUGACCGUGUUCGUGGUGCGGUGGGCGACGCAGUCGGGCGAGCAGUUCUCGUUCGACGCCACCAGCGGACCCGGUUACGUCUGGCACUGCCACAUUCUGGACCACGAGGACAACGACAUGAUGCGGCCUCUGAAGAUGAUGGCCGCCAAUUCUUCCCAGCUUCCAUAGAUCUGAGCAUUUUGCCCCGCCCAUGUUCGAUCCGACCAUGUCUCUUUUGUAGCCUGUCUGUACAGCGAGCGCGUGUGUGAGAGAGAUUCAAAAGGCGAUGCAGCCCCUAGGCCAAGAAGCCUCGGACCAGAAGUAGGAUUUUGAGGACGAAGAGAGCGAAGAGCAGAUGAUAUCAAAUGGUGAGGGUCCGUGAGGACCGUAGGAACAAGGGGAGAAAAUCAGUGCCUUCCCGCGAAGGAAAGCACAAGACAGAUCGGGAAGUGAGAAGAGGUGAGAUUGUCAUUGUCCAUAGUACACCUGAAGAAAACUAAACAGUUCUUGUACUUUGAUGCGAAAUUUAUGUAUAGUGAGCCAUGGUUUAAUUGAAAAAGUGCCCCCAGUAUACAAUAAAACA